AUCAAAUGUACAGUGCAGAUAACGCUGGACUCGAGAUAAAUUAUAAAUUUGCUACUAGUCGACAAAGUUUUCAUUUUUGUAAUCGAUAUCUAGAAAAUCUAAAGAUAUUAACGACGACAGAUGGUUUCUACGUGAAUAUCGAUCAAACAUUGUACAGAUGGUUUUGUUUGACUAGCAAAUAACAGGUGAAGAUUCCUUAAUCAGCUGACGACACUUCACGACGUUCUCUCAUUUUCGUCUCUUACAAUGGAAAACAUACAAAAAGAAUUAACGAGGAGAAUCGUUAACAUAUGUAAAGCGAAAGAAGCACCGAUAACCAAGGAUUUAGCCUCGUUUUUGUUUUCCCUGUACCAAUUGAAUCCGACGUAUCGAAUUAAGGAGAAGGACGAGGAGAAAAAUACAAGGAUACUUGAGGCCAUAACAGAGAGGUUGUGUGACCAAAGCAAGGCUAGUUUGACAACUUUAAAAAAUCAACUAUACUUUGCCAAGCAUUAUCAUGAAAGAGAUGAAACUAUCAAGAGACAUCGGUUACGACUUCAUCAGAAAACUGUGCCUUUGGUGACCGAGAUCUGUGAAGCUGACAAAAUAAAAGGUGCAAAGGACACAGAAAAGUUGUAUCAGAAAAUAUUAGCGGUAAUAACGCUUUUGAGCGGUCUAGGAAGUCCUACAAUCCCUUCUAUUCUGAGAGAAGUCUCGGUGGCGUUGCAAAGCGUCUUCCAGACUUCCGAGCUGGCUCGCUACGUGACUUUACCGAAACGGGAGAAAGAGGAACAACUAAUGGAGUUGAUGUGCAUAGUCGCGGGUAUCCGAUUAUUCAACAGGGACUGUCAACGAGGUGGCGAGGGGAUCGACGAUCUGCCAAGCAUCUUACAAGAGGCUUUAACGAAGACCCGCAACUCCAUCCUCGAACUGUUAGAACCGUUAAUGGGCAAGGUGUACAAGUUCACGGCUGCCGUGGAAAACGCUAUCGUAUGCACGUCAUCGACUGACGCGUCCGCGGAUGUUGCAUGUCGCAGCAGCUCGAGAAGAGCCGCCGCGACGUUAACCACGAGGGAAAACGUCGAGUGGGCCGUUGAAAUGCUUGCGGCCAGCCGCCAGCAAGAGAUCUACAUCAGAAAGCUGCUAAGCGACGUGGAGAGCAGCGAGAACGCGGUGAAAAAUCUGAUGGAACGUCUUCGGGGACGUUUCUUCAAGCUGCACGACACCGUCAGAUACAGAACGGCCAUUCCCACCGCUCAAGUCUAUCCACAAUUUAUCGAUUUGGCGGAUAUAUGGAUGGGACUGCAAGACGAGGUAAUCAUUUUGAGUAACGUCAAUAACUUCCUGUGGGAAUUACAGAGUUUGAGCAAUAAGACCGUGAACGUUUACGAUCAAACGAAGCUGGAUGACAUAGCGGAGAACGCGGAUGUCCUGACUGACGCUGAGAGAUUGGAACGUUCCAUGGGCAACUUAAUAACGGAGUGCGGCGAAUGCCUGAUAUAUUACCCGAACGUCACUAAGGAUUUCGAGAAGAUUAAUUUGGAGUUUCUAGGAUUUUGCGCGUGGACGUUCGUCGCAGGCAAGGGAGCUUUAAUACCAGGUAAUCCGAAUAACGGUGUGGCAAAGUGGCGGGGAAAGUAUUACGCCUUUAAGUCGCCGAAGGCAGCCGUCAAGUUCGGAGAGAAUCCCGACAGGUACGUUUACGAGGCGCUUGAUUUCGUCCGCAAUCAUCCGGAGUACAUUCAUUUGUUCAAGUUGCACGAGGAAAUCGAAGCCAUGCAGAAUCAAGAAGAGUUUACGAAGGAAGGCCUGCAAUUAAAGGUCCGUCAUAAUCAGAAAGUUCAAACGGACGUCCACAUUCUUCCUCCUUAUGUCGAUAAAGAUUACACUUCUAGCGUUUGGGAGCUCAAGCGGAGAGCUUUGCGCUUAGCAAAUAUAACUCGAUGUGCGACACGAAGCACACAGACGUUCAACUCGCACUUUCGAUAUGCUGUUUACGCACAAGCAGCUCCGCCUCAGGAUAAGGAAGUUCAAACCAGAAGAGAUAACUACACGAACACAAAGAAUCUCAAGACGUUCAUAUUUGGGCUGCGAGGCAGGCGGGAUGACAAUCAGCAUGUUAUAUCGUUCUUGGAAGAUGAGCUUGAACACUUAUAAAAUUCAAGUAAACGACCUUCUGUCACGUCAAACAUGAAAUCCUGUAUACGUAAAUAAAACGUUUUAAUAACAAUAUAAUGUUAGUCGUAAUAAAGAUUCAAACAAAAUUACAUAUAUGCAACGUUGUUAAUUAUCAGACUUGUAUGACUGUAAUACAAAGAUAUGUUAAAGGAUAUGUGUAUCGGGCCAUGUUUGAGGGAGAACUGCAGGAGACGAUCAAAAUAAAUAGCACGCAAGACUCAAUUAAAAAAAAAUCAAAGCAAUACUUUUAAUGACAAUCCCAAAUACAAUUCACGGAACAUUACAGUUUAAACCAUCCAUCUUUCCGGGUUUAGAAAACGAAUCUGCAUUAUAAUUUAUCAUUCCGUGUGCACGUAUCAUUUUCUUGGCGUAUGUAGCGCUUUCAUAAUCGCAAACUGCAAUUAUCUCAUCCAUGUGGCUUUUCUCGUGAUAGAGAGAGACUUAGGCCUGCGUUUCUUUAAUUUAUAUUCAAAAUACACAAAUUUUACACAUGUCGAAGCUCGGACAGACUUGCGCGCCUAAUUCCCGCGCUCCGUGAGCCUAUUACAUUCCCUACACUUCAACAUUGUGCAGUGAUCGCUGCACUAUGAUUUUAUAUGCUUAUAUCGUACCUUUCAGUGAAUAUAUUGUUUUAUCAUUAGAUCUUAAACAUUAGGUCAAUUUUUACACCAAGAAACCUAUAUUAUGACAAUAAUUAGUAAUUACACGAUAAUACAAUUAAACUUUGCUUACAAUUUCAGUGUAUAAUGUAGCUAUUAUACAGAAGAGGUACAGGAUGUUGAUUUUUCGCAUAUCUUUUCUUUGUUUAUUUCCGCAUUUCUUUUUAAUGUCCAUCACUCGUUCCCUCCAUUCUGGAGGCAAAACUAUCUGGCAUUCUAUUACAUCCAAGAACAAUCAACAUUGCGUUUGUAACAAAAAGGGGGGAGGGGGAGGAGGAAGAAAUGACAAAAAAUAUCACGCAAUCCGUUACAGAGAAAAGUUAAGAUCAUCGAGAUAAGAACGUAUAAAAAAAAAAAAAAAAA